CCUCGGUCUCCUCUCCCUCGCUCUGGCCUCGAAUCGACGCCCGUGUUUCUCCAACGCACCGCACACCAAGUCCUUUCCCAGCGAUGCGGUUCCAGGAGCUGAGAGAAAAGUCCUUCCGGCGGACCAAGAAGCCGACUUGGCCUCACCGCAUCACCAAGAAGGCCCCCGCCGGCGCCCUGCUCACUCCCCAAUCCCUUUCGCGCUGCGGGUUCUACUUCAGUCCAACCCCCGACCUACCCGAUCGAUGCGAGUGCUUCUUCUGCCACGAGGCCACCUCCAAGCCCCUGGGCUUCUUUGACGAUCCAAAGGACAUUCACUGGGAAAUCUCGCCAAAGUGCCCCAUGGCCAUCUUGAACCAUUCGAAAAAGUCGUGGCCGUUGAGCAAGGAGCCUGCAGAGGCUCCGUGGUCCAAGGCUUGUGUCGAGAGCCGCAAGAAAACCUUUGACGACGACUGGCCUCACCAAGUAUUCUUGCCUCCGGAAAAGAUGGCCCAGGCCGGAUGGUGCUACCUGCCCAACCCAAGCUCCAUGGACUAUUGCGAAUGUCUGUACUGUGACCUGGGCCUCGACGGAUGGGGUGAAGACGACGAUCCGCUCCUGGAGCAUCAAAAGCGCCGAUCCGGUGACAUAGCUUGCCCGUUGAUCGAGUAUCUGGUCGCUGGCGACUCAAAGGCGGCCGUGGCAACUCUGGAGCCGCCUACUCUGGCAUCUACCAAACCAGCGGCCAAAGAAAUCGCCAAAGCUCCCAAGGAGCCCACCAAAGAACCCACCAAGGAGCCCACCAAAGAACCCAAGAAACGGAGACAAAUCACCAGGAAGCGAAAGGAAACUCCCAAAGAACCCGAGCCCGAGCCCGAGCCCGAGCCUGAACCUGCACCUGCACCUGAAAUCGAGCUCGAACCCGAGCUCAAAGCCGAACCUGAGCCCAAGGCUGAAGCGGAUGCCGAAGUCGAGCAUAGGACCGACGCAGAAAGCGAUACAAAGGAGCCAGUCCCAGCGGAUGAGAUCCAUGCAGAUAUCAAGGCCGAAGAACCCCGAGCCAGCAAACCCCCGCGCGGCAUCGGUGCAGUGAGCAAGUCCGACAGCAAGACUACAGUGCGACCCAAACGCGGCAAAGCCCUCAUGGCUCAGGAAAAAAUCCUGAACUGUUAUGAGCUCGAAAAAACCGAUCCGACGAAAAAGGUCCGACACAAGCCCGAGGCCGAAAAAAGGAAGCUCGGUCGAUCGGACAGCGCCAAGAGCAAUGCCGGUGACCUGGCUGACGACGGACUUUCAGCACCAGCGCCUUCAGCCCCCGCUGCAGAGCCUGCGUCUGCUCCCGAGCCCAAGCGCAAGCGUGGCCGGCUGGCUCGAGUCAAGGGCGGAGAGGCUUCGUCAGCGUCGCAGCAGCAGCCUCCUGCAUUGCAGACCGAAGCCAGUGCCCCAGAACAGGCGCCGGCUCAACCCGGCUCCUCGUUACCCACAGCGGUGCCGCCUGUCACGCCCGCCAAGCUGUUUGAGCGGAUUGUCGCCAGAGCCAUGACACCCAAAGCGAGUCCCCUGCGAGUCGCCGGCUCGGCCAACCUCAAGAAACCCAGUGCAGCAUCAACGGCGACGGCGCUGUUUGCAAAAUCUGACACACUGCCAGCAUCAACUGACACGCACACCAACACUACCAGCGACCAACCGACCGUCGAUGCGAGCGUACCCGCGCCUCGGAGUAAGGAGCGUCCUGAGCGGCGGGCCCCGGUGGAUCUUGCUCAAGACGACGAUGCCGACGACGUGGCUAUGAAGGAAGAGCCCCUGCAAACCCAUCCGGCUGGAAAGAGCCCAGAUUCCCGUACCCAGCUGACCGGACCUCAAUCUGGACAAACUCCAACGGCGUCCCCAUCAGCAACAUCCACAGUGGUACCCAAGCCCGCUGCAAAGACAGCGUCAAGGGCAGCUGCAAAGGCAGCGGCAGCCAAGGCGAUCGAGGAGCCAGAAGCGGAGAUCAAGCCAGAGCGCUCACCCAAGGUUGAAUCGCAUCCUGAUUUCGUCCCUGAGGUCGUGGCAGAGAUCAAAACCGAGACACAAGCUUCGGCACCGGCGGCCAAACCAUCGACAACCGCAGAGCCUGCUAUGUCGAGUACCUCCAAGGUCGGUCGGCCGAGCGGCUCGAAGCGGGGCCGAAACGAGUCUGAAUCGGCUCUUUCAAGCACACAUGCCGUUGAAGCUGAUUCGGCCAGCAAGCUGCCCAGUGCAGGCGAACGGUCGCCGCCGACAAAGGCUCGCAAGCGUGCUUCGGGACCAGCCAAGACACAGGAAGUCGCCCGUCCGCCGGCCAUGGACCUGGUGGAGCCGGACAGUACCUCGAUGGCCAAGACAGAGCCCGCACCCCGAGCCAAGGCCCGCGAGCGACUCGAGAUCGAAUGGCUCGGAGAGCAGGUCUCUGUGCAGCUGGCCCACCACCGUGGUGUCGAGGGUGAGUGGGAAUCGGAGGAUUUCGAGUUCCUGGACCCAUCCACGCUGGUGGCUCAGGUCAUGGACUCGUUUGGCAAGGAGCGGCUGCUGCGGAUGUCGCUGCAGGAACUUAUGGCGAUGGCGUAUGAGCACUGCCGGGCUGUGGUCGACGACAAGAUCCGAUCGAUGGUUCGGGAUUUCUAUCUGGACGAGCUCGGAGACAAUGUCUCUGUCCUGGACGACCGCCUCGACACCAUCACCCAGGAGAUCCUCGCCAGCUCCAUGUCGCCACAAACCAAUGCGUUGCUCUGAGGCCACCCGCUGCUGUCCCGUUUCGUUCCGAACAUGCUGUACACUCGAUC